AUGGCUGAGAACAGUGAGGAUACUGUGGUUGUGGAGAAGGCCCUCAGUGGCCUUGCUGAGGUUGAACAAGAACUCGAAGAUACUGAACGAGCCAUUGAGAUCACACGUCUCAAGAAAGUGUCCAAGAUCUACGAGAAGAGACGGGAGUAUACAAAGGCAAUUGAUAAGUUCUGGCACAUUGUGCUCUCACAGCAUCCAGAGUUUGCCGACUACGUUAGGGCACAGGACUUCAAAUACCUGGAAUUGAUCAAGGACAUCUAUGUUUCCUGGGAUGCAUCCACCUCUACUGACGAAUCAGUUGAUCCAACAACGUUCAGUAUAACUUUUGAAUUUGAGCAGAGUGAAGAUGGCGACUUCCCAGCCCAGACAGUUACAAAGAGAUUCCAGAAGGAGGUGAUUGACCCUGAAGAGUUGCAAAUACUAGAGCAGAAGAGAAAGAAAGGUAGCCUUAGCGAUGAUGAAGAUGGUCAGAUGCCCGAAGAGACGGAAAGACUUGUUUCCACGAACACUGAGAUUAUCUGGCCAAAGUCUUACGAUUCAAUUAACCCUUCAAAAGUUGUUGAUAAGAAGACAACACUAGGGAAGAAGAACUAUAGAGCAGGUAUGAAAUCCUUCUUUGGUUGGUUCCGUUGGACUGGGAGAAAACCAGGUAAGGAAUUCCCCAACGGUGACGAUUUUGCAAGAUUGUUUGCAGAUGAUAUCUUCCCAAGUGCUGUUCUGUACUAUACAGAGGCCCAAAGAGACGGAUUGGAGGAGGAGAUGGAAUCAGACGCUAGUGAACCUUUAGAUCUAAGUGAUUCUGAAAAUGUUCCAAGGGGGUUGAAGCGUAAAAAUUCUGAAUGUUGACUAAAAACGAUAGCGUUACAUCUAUAAUCUUAACAUAACCAACACAUUACGAUGACAGGAUGUACCCUGAACAUCAAUACAAAAUACGAGAAUCCUUCUCGUUUGUGCGUGACCGUGAAGUAUACAUUUAUUUGGUCCCAAUGGUACCAGUAACAACAAUCAAAUAUGAGCUGAACUAUUCUUUGAGUAUUCAAUUCUCAGAAUUGGCAGUAGAUAUGCACCAGCGAAACAGUGGCUAUUGGACAGACGUGAAAUCAAUCCAGAAUAAAAAGAUCAAAUCAAUCAACCAGAUAGAAGGAAACUAUUCGGUCUUACUUUUGAAACCAUACUCGAUCUCCAAAGCUUCCUUGUCGUCAUCGGAGAACUCCCUCCAAUCGCGAACAAGCUUCUUCGUGAUUCUAGUAGCGUCCCAUUCUGGGUGCUCCUCUUUACAGUU